AUGGAUGCUAAUAGAAAAUCUGUUAUUCUUCAAGUUUCUGGCAAUGAUGAUGAGAAUCAGGUCUUUAGUGAUAAAGUUGGCACAUUGCUCAACUCUGGUGUUGAAGAAACUCAGGACUUUCUGUCUCAAAUUUUGGAUAAUUCGGACAACAUUGAUAUUACUUCCAUUUGCAAUGAUGGUGUGCAUUCCAAAGGAGGUUCGUUCUUAGUUGCUAAAAGGAAACUUGGGGAUGAAGUGAUUGGAAUUAGUUAUGAAGAAUUUCUAGAUAUCUUAGAUCUUUCUAUCAAUAUUUCACCUGUUGAUGAUGUUGAUGUUGAUCAUCCAUUAUUUGCACAAAAUGAAAUACAAGGUAUGUAUACGAUUAAAUUCCAAAAGAGGGGACUACCACAUGCAUAUAUUGUACUUUGGCUUGAUCGAAGGCCAAAAUUACAAUCAACUGAGAUAAUAGAUGAACUUAUAUGUGUUGAGCUUCCUAAUUCUACAAGAUAUCAAAAGCUUUAUGUUGUGAGGUUUACUGAGCAAACUUCUUUUGAUGAAGAAGAUUAUCCUAUUUACAGAAGUCGUGAUCUUGGUGUUACAUAUGAAGCUUAUGGUGUUCAGAUUGAUAAUAGAUUUGUUGUCCCUUAUAAUCCUUUCCUUUUAAUGAAGUAUCGUGCUCACAUCAAUUUAGACUUUUGCAAUAAGUCAAAUGUAAUUAAAUAUUUAUUCAAAUAUGUCAACAAAGGUCUUGAUCAUGUUACAGCCAUAGUUAGCAAUGUUCAUGUUGGGAACCAAAAUACUCGUGCUCUUGAUGACAUUAAAGAGUAUUUUGAUUGUCGAUAUCUAUCUCCGUGUGAGUUUGUGUGGAGAAUUUUUUCUUAUGAUAUUUAUCAUAGAUGGCCAUCUAUUCAAAGGUUAACUUUUCAUUUGCCAAACCAACAACAUAUUAUAUUUGAUGAUCGUGACAUUAUAAGUUCUAUUCUUGUGAGGAAAAAGAAUUUGGUUACCAUGUUUAUAGCUUGGAUGUUAGCAAAUAUGGUUUAUCCUGAAGGGAAAUGUUUGACAUAUGUUGAGUUCCCACGACAUUUUGUUUAUGUUGUUCACAAUAGGGAAUGGAAACCAAGACAAAGAGGAUUUUCAAUCAGUAGAUUGAGUUUUGUUCCCCCAACUGCUGGUGAAUUGUUUUAUAUGCGUUUGUUAUUAAAUGUACAAAGAGGGUGUACUAGCUUUAAGAGCAUUAGAAUAGUUAAUGGGACUACUUAUGAUACAUUUCAAGAAGCAUGUUUUGCAUUAGGAUUUUUGACUGAUGAUAAUGAGUUUGUUGAAGCUAUUAAAGAAGCUGCUCUAUUAGGAACAGGCUUGCAACUGAAACAAUUAUUUGUAACAUUAUUAUUAUCAGCUUCAAUCAGUAGACCUUUGUCCAUUUGA